CACAUGUGCAUACUUAAUCAUUUCAACAUAAUUUUAAGACGCCAAUUUUCUGUCAUUCAAUGAUCGAAACAACAAAAUGCCCACAUCAUAACACAGCAGCAAGCAAUGGCUCACAGAAGCGAUGAUUUUUCUGUAUCCUCCGGAAUCGAAAGCGUCACUCCCUUUCCCCCAUUAGAAGAUGAUAACCAUGUCGGUGGACCAACGGCCACGAUCGCCGACAAUGAAGACGAUGCGCUGCAUAUGAAGGAUCUUCCACGGCGCAGCCGUGCUGGAACUACCCAUUCAACAAUAUACACGGGCCCCCUAUCUCCUAGCACACGUUUGCUCGGAGGCGUAACCACCACCAGAACGUCAGCAGACUCGCAGGAUCCAGAGGAUAAUCACGUCAUAUCGCCAACAAUUGAAAUCGAGGGUCGCGCCUCCAAUGAAACAGAUUUUCAAGCACACUAUUUUGCUGAACAUGACUCUCUCGUCGGGAUAGAAGGUGAAUCGCUUGAUUCUGAGGGAGAGGAGCUUGGUGACGAUGACGACGAUAACGACGAGGACGACGACGAGGACGACGACGACGAUGAUGAUGAUGAUGACGACGAAGAAGAUGGCGAGGAGAACGAGGAUAAUAAUGGAUUUAAUAAUAAUAGUAAUGCAGUGGGCAUGCAGCGCCCUUUCAUGCAAUCAUCAACCUCUCUCUCUGGACCACACGCAUUCGCACCACCAUUCUACAAUAGACCUCCCACACCACUCCCUCCGUCGCCCUCAUUGACAUCGUUAUUGCGACCACCAUUCUCGACGACAACGUCGAGACCAACAACGCCCGAUACUUCUGACGGAGAGACACCGAAUGAUACUGAAGCUGCAGUAGCCAAAUCCGCGAGAAUCGCGACGACUGUGCCGCGUGCAAGUCCCAAAGUGCCAACAUACGAGUACUAUGGAUUUGCCCUGUAUUUGACGUCGUCAUUCGCUUUCUUGAUAUAUCUUCUCUGGUCUUACCUGCCAUCUCCCUUUCUUCACCAACUCGGAAUCUACUACUAUCCUAAUCGUUGGUGGUCCCUUGCUAUCCCUGCUUGGCUGGUCAUGGGUCUAGUCUACAUAUAUGUCGCGCUGGCUAGCUACAACACGGGAUAUCUUACAUUGCCGAUGACGUCUGUUGAAAAUAUCGUCGACGAAGUCGCCACCGUUGCCGUGAUAGACAGUAAAGGGCGGCGACGACCGGGCGGCAGCGAGAAAAUGAAGCCAGGAUCGGCGACUAGCCAAACAAUGUCUGCUGUUCAUAAUCGGCGGAUGCAUGGACAUUAUGCCUCUGGUAGCACUGGCAGCGCAGGCGGAGGUACCGUAAGCGAAAGAGGCGGUGGAUUAUCAUGGAAGGAACUAUGGGCUGAAGGUACAGAUGCGGUGAUGGAUAUUCCAGUGGGCGGGGUGUGUGAAGUUCUCUAUGGCAAGGACCGAGAGCUCGAUCCGGAUGAGAUUGAGCUGGACGGCGAAGAAGAAGACAAGGAAGACGAGAACGAAGCCAACUACACGCAGUACAAGCGCCUUGAAGGGCAUGAGUUUCCACCCUUUGAGGAUGAUGAUACUUCUCAGUUCCGUUCCGAGGCCGCUGAGGCAUACUCGUCGUAUAGCAGUCGACGGCCGUGGUGAGGAAUACAGCAUGUAGACGUGGACAUGUAUAUUACAAAUAGCAACGAAUGAUAUUCACGAUAGAUGCCAAUAUUCUGGUCCGAGCACGGCGAAUGAAUGCGCAGCCUCAUGCAAACGCAAUGCAGCAGAGACAAAGCAUCGGUAUCUACAUGUAUUGUAUUGUACCACAGCCAUGACCCCGCCCCCUAGCACAAAAAAAACACAAAACACAAAAGGCAAAACAGUCGUGUGUAACCAGCAAGCCGUAAACCAUUUAACACAAGUUGAUCCGAUGCGGGGGGGGAUACUGGAGGCACGUGCUCCCAAGACAACUUGGGGUCGCCCAGCGGCACUUAGCGAGAAGUGACCAAGGGAUAGAGCAGCAUGUCCAUAUGUUCAUAUGUUGAUAUCGAAUCGAUG